AUGUCUUAUUCAUACCUAUUCAAAUACAUCAUCAUUGGAGACACUGGUGUUGGGAAGUCCUGCCUGCUUCUUCAAUUCACUGACAAAAGAUUUCGCCACGACCACGAUCUUACCAUUGGGGUCGAAUUUGGGUCCCGUAUGAUCCGUGUUGACGAUAAAGAUAUCAAAUUACAGAUAUGGGAUACAGCCGGCCAAGAAAGCUUCAGAUCAAUCACCAGAUCUUACUACAGAGGAGCCGCUGGAGCUUUAUUAGUCUACGACAUAACCCGAAGAGACUCCUUUAUGCAUCUCGGAAAUUGGCUACAAGAUGCAAGAGAAAAUGGGAACAGCGACAUGCUUAUCACUUUGGUCGGAAAUAAAACCGAUUUAGAGUCUCGGCGCACUGUAAGCUUUGAAGAAGGGCAAAGAUUCGCCAGAGAAAACAACCUCAUGUUUUUAGAGACCUCAGCGAAAACUGCAAAUAAUGUAGAAAGCGCAUUUUUAGACACCGCAAACGCCAUUUAUGGCAAGGUAAAAGAAGGCUCAAUUGAUAUUACAAGUGAAACUUGUGGAGUAAGGAUGGGGACAACUGCUCUUUCUGCAGCUCAACAGAAACCUAAAGAAAGAGGUGGAUGCUGCGGAUAA